AUGAGCAACCCCUCUGUUGUACCCAUGUUCCAGGCUGGCCAAAAUGCUAUCCCUAAUAAAUACCUUAUCAGACUGAAUGAUGAGGCUGACAUAACGGACCACUUGAGCUGGCUCCAACGAGAACACCCCGAUUCUGUUGAUGAUGAGUUGGGGUGCCAAGUUGUCCAUAAAUACACGUUGAUCAAGGGGUAUGCUGCGAUACUCGGCAGGUCUACUCUAGAAGAUUUUACGAGGCGUAACGACGUCGAGUCGAUUACUGAAGACCACAAACCCACAUACUGA